AUGCUUCUUUUUUCUUCUUUUCUGCUGCUAUCAUCAGCCCAGCUAUUCCAGGAGAAUGCUAUUUUUGAGAGAAAAGUGCCGCCAAGAACUCCUGAUCAGCGCUUGGGAACCCUUCAAAUAUUCCUAAACGAUUGGAUCCGUCAUCACAUCGGUUCAAAGCGAAUAAAUCGGUCAGCAAACUGGAUUCAAAGAGAGUUUUUUGGGGGCAGCGAAGGAUUUGAUGAACACAAGCUGUUGAUGCUCUACUUCAAGCAAGACGAAGAAGGCUUCCCGAGCUGCUCUUACUACAACCCAACGAACAUGAACCACGCUGGACCCCGACUGCCAUCAGAACCGCGACAUUACGAGCGUCAAGCAAAUGCCGAUUUAGGCCUCUAUGAUCAUAUAAAAAUCAAAAAGCGCAAAAGGCGAAAUGCUUCUCAGUUUUCACAGCCGGAAAUCGUGCUCGAUCAGUUGAAACUUGUUGCGAGGCUGCCUCCGAAUGGCACGGAAAAGAGCAUUGAACAUGGCUUUGGAAGAAGAAACAACGAUUUGAUUCAACUCAUCAGAAACAGGGAGGACUUUUUCGACAUCUACGACCUCGCGCUAGAAUUGGACCGCUCGAUGGCUGCUUUGAGAAAACUCUCUUCAGAUCCAAGAAGAAGCUGGAGCCAGAUCAGAAUGGGCUUUCUCAAGUGGAUAGCUAGAUACACAGCUGAUUGCAAGGUCGAACGCGAGUCGCAAAAACAUACAGUUUUGAUAAUGGAGUUCUUUGAAAAACUGAUGAUGCUGUACGAGUGCCUGUAUGAAGGAAAAACACCCCCAGAAGAAGGAAGAGUUGCAACUGCAAGGGUCAAGUUUAUCUACGGAGCAGGGACCGUUGAAGAAGCCAAGUACGACGAAAAGCUCAGUUUUCUGAUCGAGCCACCACGCUGCUCGGUAAACGACCACAUGCGACGUGUCCUGGAAACCCUUCGCCGAAGAAGAAAGUAA